AUGUCGGCUUUGAACCAAAGUAACAUUCCAGACCUCACUGGAACCUGGGUUUUUAAUCGAAAAUUGUCCGAUGAUCCGGAUGAAGUUUUUGCCUUGCAAGGGGUAUCUGGUAUCAUCCGGAAGGUAUUGAAAUAUGCUCGGCUUUCGUUGGAAAUUUGCCAGACAACUGGCCCAGUCGAGAGUCCCAGCACAGAUGAAACUCGCAAUGGAGAUGCUUUUGUGUCCGGCGAACCCACGGUAACAUCGCUUCAAGUCAAGCAAAUCGUCAAUCCUGGCGGAUUCGACAGCCAGGGGUGUUACAUCGUGGAUGGACGGAUGCAGGAUUUGACGGUGCCAGUUUUCGGCACUGUUCGGACGCAGUUGAAGUUUGUUGAUAUCCACGAAGUUGGUGACGACUCAAUUCGUCAAGCAUUCGAGAUCGCAAACUACAGCGAGAAAGUCAUUCAAGAACUAGCCCACGACAUUCCGAAGCCGUCGGCUCGCGAUCAGUCCAAGACCUGGGAGGCAGAAGUUAUCUGGGCAUUCGAAAACAUCGACGGAAAAAGAUGUCUGACCCGGAAUGUUAGCAUAGUUGGGGGCGAGAAAAAAAUCACCGUGAAGAUGAUCUAUGACAAUCGGGUCUGA